CGCAGACAGUCGAAGUAAAAGAACAGGCGUGUACAAACACAGUCAAAUUGCUAUUUAUCGACGUUCAAACCCAAGGAACUCGACAAUUGAGUUCUGUGCUUAGGAAAUUUGCUGAAUGGGUGAAGCAGCUUCAGCAGCCGGAGAUGCUCUGCGUAUUGCAGCAAAUGCCGGGAUAUUUAACAUCGAUAUUAGCACUACCAAAGUAGAAGUGGCACGAGAGUUGUGUGAUAUAGCACGAGAAGUUGGCAACACAGUGGGGCAUGGAGUGGGACAGGGAUUGGGACUAGGAGUUGGACUAGGUCUGAGUCUAGGCGCCCUGUAUUUUGGUUAUCCAGCAUUGAAGUCAAUAAUUCACAAUGCAAUUACUAAGGGUGUUGGUGGAAAACGCGAUGAUCAAGACGUUCGUGACAUUCGAAAAGGAAGUUUGCGUUUCGAGUUACAUUGUUUCACAGACAUCAGGUUUCUGGAAGUAUUGGCGGAUUACGAAUCAGGAAGGAUGAAGGAACGAUUGCAGGAAGAACUUUCUCGGGUUGGAAUUAGAGUGGAAGGACUGAAGGUGAAGAUUGAAAAUAUGGAGGAGGUGAAUGAAAAAAAGAAAGCUAAUUGGAGAUCUUAUUUAACGAAGGUGCUUGACGAGAUGACGAGCAAUGACAUGAGGGAGCUUAGCGAGAUGACGAGUGAUAUCAGUAUGGAUGCUGUUGAUAGUAAGGGGUUAAAAUAUCUUCAGAGGGAAACAAAUAAUGCUGACACGGCCGAAAGCCUCUACGAAAAUGGGGUCCCACGAGACGAGAUGAAAGUUUACAAGUCAACUUUAGAGUCGCAUCGUGAAGCUCUGAAAGUCAGUUUGGAACAGCAUGGAGAGGAUCAUCCUGCAACAGCUGACAUUUACUACAACAUUGGAAUGACACAACAAAAGAUGAAAGAUUUCAAAUCUGCAUUAGAGUCGGUAAAAAAGUCUCUUGCGAUCAGAACCAAACUAUUUGGAGAUGACCAUCAAGACACAGCUAACAGUUAUCACAGCAUUGGGGUCACACAACAUAAAAUGAAAGAUUACAAGCCAGCAUUGGAAUCAAAACAAAAAGCUUUUGAAAUUAGAUCACGGCUAUAUGGAGAAGACCAUCCAGACACAGCUGACAGUUAUAACAUCGGAAAAACACAACAUAAGAUGAGAAAUUACAAAUUAGCAUUAGAGUCAAAAGAGAAAGCUUUUAAGGCCAGGUGGAAAUUAUUUGGAGAAAAUCAUCCUGCAACAGCUGACAGUUAUAAAAGCAUUGGAGACACACAAGAUGAGUUAGGAGAUUACACGUCAGCAUUGGAGUCGAAACAAAAAGCUCUGAUAUCAGAUUAA